AUGGCAGGAUACGAGCACAUAGGCGCCAUUAACUGCAACACGGACUUCGAUGCUAGCAUACUCCGGGACAAGACUGCCAUUGUCACUGGCGGCGCAAAUGGGAUAGGUGAAGCUUAUGUACGCGCACUCAUUGGAGCUGGAGUGUCGGUCUGCAUUGGAGAUCUUGACGUUGCUGGAGGCCAGAAACUCGCAGCAGAAUUCCCUCAGCAAGCGAAAUUUGUGAAAUGCGAUACCACAAGUUGGGAGGAGCAAGUCCACCUGUUCGAGUCAGCAGCCUCAUUUUCUCCUACGGGCAAGAUUCAUUACGUCGUCGCAAAUGCCGGUAUCAUCAAGGAGGACGAGGUGUUCGCACACGCAGGCGAUAACGCUGCCCUCAAGAAACCAGAUCUUACAAUCAUGGACAUCAACGUUAUCGGCUCGCUCUACACCACCAAACUCGCGACUCACUAUUUCGUCAUGCAGAACGGCCAAACCUCGUCCAUGGCCCAAGAAGACACAUGCCUGAUCCUAAUCGGAUCAGGCGCUGCAUUCCUCGACUGCUUACGCAUCCCGCAAUACAGCGCCAGCAAAUGGGCUAUGCGUGGAAUCAUGCAUGCCCUACGAAGGACAGCUUACCACUACGGUAGCCGCGUAAACGUCAUCUCUCCAUGCUUAUCCAACAGACCUCAACUGAUUGCGAAUUCGGGAAGGUACGUCAAAACCAAGAUCCUCUCAGAACAAGACUUCGAGCGUGUCAGAGGCCUAGGCGUUGAAUUCGCCCUGGCAGAAGAUGCAGGUAAAUGCUUGUUGCGCAUUCUCAGUGAUUCCACGGUGAAUGGUCAUUCUUUCUUUAUAUCAGCUAGAAAAUGGGCUGCAACGGGGUACAUCGAUUUCGACAUUGACGAUUACCCGGAAAAUGAGUUGAUCAAGGAGAUUCAGGAAGAUCAGAUGAAAGGUGCAGAGGCCGAGAAGGGAUUGUUCCCUUAG